AUGUUUCCGUGCUUGAAACUGAGACACCUGGAAGAGCGGCUUCAGUGCAUUUCGUCGUUCGAAAAACCUAAAGUUUUGUUGGAACAGUACGUGACCCCGGCGCAUUUGGGGUCACACGUGCUGUACACCAUUCAGUCGCAGUAUGGGGACAUCGGGGGCAGGAUGGUGGCGGAUUUGGGGUGCGGCUGUGGGGCCCUGUCCAUUGGAGCGGCGGUUCUGGGCGCCGGGCUUGUCACGGGGUUCGAGAUCGACGCAGAUGCACUGGAGACUUUUCGCGAAAAUGUGGAGGAGCAGGAGGUUGGGAACGUUGAUGGGGUGCAGUGUGAUGUUAACGUAGUGCCGAAACGGUUUUCUAAAAUGUUUGAUACGGUUAUCAUGAAUCCGCCCUUUGGGACUAAACAUAACGUAGGGAUCGACAUGAAAUUUUUACAAGUUGGUUUAGAUUUAUCACAGGACGUUGUUUAUUCGUUGCAUAAAACAUCAACAAGGUCGCAUGUUUUAAGGGUUGCCGAAUCUUUAGGGGCCAAAGGAGAGGUGUUGGCAGAACUGCGUUACGACUUACCUUCAACUUACAAAUUUCAUAAGAAAAAGUCUGUGGAUAUAGAAGUCGACUUCUUUCGGUUUCAGGUUGAAUAAAUUUUAAUUCUCAAGUGUGUUUAUAUUUUAAUAUUGGUACGUUGUAUAAAUAAAUGAAAAAUUGUU